AUGGCUGGAGGGAAUCUGAGGCCUACGAAUCAACAACCUACUCUAUCCCGCUUCUUCGCGCAGUCUCCAACAAAGACCAAAGCCGGGCCGUCAACCACCGCUGCGAAACGCAAAGCUCCAACUUCGACGUCGAGACGCGAUAGUUCGCCUAUUGACCUUACGCUCUCGUCCGAUGAGGCAUCUACGCCUCCAGCAGCGAAGAAGCGCAAGACAGCACCGACGCACGCGCACGUGAACAGACAUCUCUUUCUACCAGACGGAACGCCUACGCCAGAACCUGAAGCUGAAGCUGCACCGCACCACUCGGGUACCGCGCCGAACAGCCCGGUGCACGACCGAUGGAAAUACGCCGCGUCUCAGCCAGCCGUAGAUCGUACCGCCAGCGAACUGCUCGAAAAACAGCAGCGAAGAGCGCGGCUGGCCAAGGCGCUUAUUGCGGACAACAACUCGUUCCACCGGCCGCGCGCUGAGGCUGCUUCGUCGGAUACUGAGCGGCAUGGAGAGGAGGGAGAGGAGAGUGACUAUGGGGACGGGGACGAUAAGUUUAGGGAAUUGCAGGCUGCGUUUGCGUUGAAGCCGGCGAAGGGGGGCGCGAGGAGGAAGGCGGUGCAGCAGCCGACUGUGAAGGGGAGGAAGGGGAAGGAGAAGGAGGUCGGGCCGAGUGGGCUGGCGUAUACGCCUUUGGAGUUGCAGGUCAAGCGGUUGAAGGAGGAGCACCCGGACUUGCUCCUCAUGAUCCUCAUCGGGUACAAGUACAAGUUCUACGGGGAGGACGCAAAGAUAGCAGCGCAACACCUAGGCAUAGUCGCCUACCCCGACCGCAACUUCACCUGCGCGUCUAUCCCAGACCACAGACGCGACAUACACCUGAAGAAGCUACUCUCUCAAGGCUACAAGAUCGGCAUAGUCGAGCAGACCGAGACUGCCGCGCUCAAGAAAGCUAGCGAGACGCGCAACGAGGUGUUUGAUCGACAACUGACGCAUGUGUAUACCGCCGCGACGUACGUCGACGCGCUCGACUCAGUCGACGACGCAAACAAGAGCGCGCCUCUCCUCAUGUGUCUCGCCGAGCACUCGCUCGGCGGGAUGGGCGCGGACGAGAUCGUCGGCGUCGGGAUGAUCGUCGUGUGCCCGAGCACUGGGGAUGUCGUGUGGGAUUACUUCAAGGAUGGGCAUAUGCGGACUGAGCUGGAGACGCGUAUGGUUCAUGUUAAGCCGAACGAGCUGUAUAUACCUGAACAGUCGCUGUCGAAGCCUACGCAGAGGAUGCUCAAGUACUUCGUCGGCCAUGCGACCACCGAGCACAAGAUCCGCGUCGAAUACUUCAAAAAGUCCCUCCCGCACUCCGACGCCUUCGACAGAGUAUCGUCCUUCUACACCGACAAAUCCAAAUCCUCAGCCUCAGCCGCGUCCGAGAGCUUCGCAUCCGGGAAGCUGAUGGAAGCCAUCGCAGGCCUCCCGAACCUCGUCACGAUCGCCCUCGCGCACUGCAUCGACUACCUCUCGACGUUCAAUAUCGCGGACUCUCUCACAGCGACGAAGUUCUUCACGCAGUUUACGACGAAGGAGCAUAUGUUGUUGAAUGGGAAUACCGUCACGAAUCUGGAGAUCUUCCAGAACGAGACGGACUUCACGAAACAUGGGUCGUUGAUGUGGAUACUUGAUAAGACGCUGACGAAGUUCGGCUCGCGGUUGUUGCAUAGCUGGGUGGGCAAGCCGCUCGUGAACAUCGAGUUGUUGAAGGAGCGGACCGACGCGAUCGAGGAGGCCAUGGAGGGCACGUCGCAGCGGCUGUUCAUGUUGAGGGAUGCGUUGAGGAAGCUGCCGGAUCUGGCGAAGGGGUUGUGUAGGAUCCAAUACGGCAAGUGCACCCCGCCAGAACUCGCAACUCUCCUCGAAGCCUUCGACAAAGUCUCCCGCCUCAUCGGACCCGCAGACGACACCACUACCCGAAACCCCAACCAACCCAAAUCGCCCCUCUGGCGCUCCAUCCUCUCCUCCCUCCCACGCCUCUCCGAACCCCUCAAAGAAAUCCUAGACGCCGUCAAGCUGAACGAGGCCGCCGAGGGGAGCAAGAUCGAGAUGUGGAGGGACACGGAGCGGUAUCCGGAUAUUGCGGAUGCGGAUGUGGGGAUGAGGGGCGUGGAGAUUGAGUUGGAGGAGGAGCUUAAGAGCAUUCGGAAGAUUCUCAAAUAUCCUUCGCUGAAAUGGACGACGGUCAAUGGCGACGAGUACCUAAUCGAAUACCCAAAAGACCGCGACCAAACCCGCAUCCCCUCCUCCUACCUCCUCCACAGCUCAACCAAAAAAGCGCGUCGCUAUUAUACCCCCAAAAUCAAAUCCAAGCUCCACGAACGCGCGCGCUACGCCGAGCAGCGCCAGGCCGCCGCCGACAGAGCCUUCCUGUCGUUCUUGGAAGAGAUUGCGGGGAGGCAUUACGCGGUGCUGAGGGACGCGGUGAACAAGCUGGCCGUGGCGGACUGCCUGUUCGCGCUGGCGACUGUCGCGCAUAAUCAGGACUACGUCCGGCCCGAGUUCGUCUCCGCCUCCCCAUCCUCCUCCUCCUCCUCCUCCUCGGAGUCGACGGAACUGGAGAUCGUCGACGGCCGCCACCCGAUGGUCGAAGAGCUCCUCGCCGCCCCGUUCAUACCCAACUCGAUAUGCCUGGGCGGGGACGAAGCGCCGAACUGCACGAUCAUCACGGGCCCGAAUAUGGGCGGGAAGAGCUCGACGGUGAGGAUGGUCGCGCUGCUGUGCGUGAUGGCGCAGGUGGGGAGUUAUGUGCCGGCGAAGAGGAUGCGGAUGGGGAUGUUGGAUGGGGUGCUGACCAGGAUGGGCGCGUCGGACGAGCUGGCAAGAGGGCGCUCGACGUUCAUGGUCGAGAUGUCCGAGACGAGCGACAUCCUGCGUACCGCGACGCCCCGCAGCCUCGUCAUCCUCGACGAGCUCGGCCGCGGCACGUCCACGUUCGACGGCAUGGCCCUCGCGCACGCCGUCACGUCGCACCUCAUAUCCGCCACGCGCUGCAAAACGCUCUUCAUAACGCACUACCCCUCCGUCGCGACCUCUCUCGCGUCACAAUACCCUCUCGAAGUGCGAAAUGCGCAUAUGGGGUUUAGAGAGGAGAGGAGGGGGGACGGGAGCAGGGAUGUCGCGUUUUUGUAUAGGGUCGAGGAGGGGCUCGCGGGGGAGUCGUUUGGGAUUGAGUGUGCGCGGUUGGCGGGGUUGGGGGAUGGGGUUGUUGAGGUGGCGCGGGAGUGGGCGGGGAGGAUGAGGGGGGUUGUUGAGGCGAGGAAGAGGAGGAAUAGGGCGCGACAGGCUCUCAAGCAGAUCGUGGAGUGCUUGGAUGAGUCGACGACUGGAAGCAAGCGCGCGGCACUCGGCCAGCUCUCGUCUCUUAUCUCCGGCAUGGCGCUUUGA